UUAAAUUGUUUUUACCCAAUGUUCUAGAAGAAAAUGCUAAAUAUCAACAAAAUAAAAAUAAAGAAUCUGGUAAAGAAAUAGAUUUAAAAUCUGAAAAACUAUUUAAAAUUAAUCUGGAAGCUGAAAAAUUUAUAAAUAAUGAUGCAGUUAAUAACAGUAAUGAUGAUUCUAUAAAUUCUUUAAAAGAGUUUGAACAAUUUUUAAAUAUGUGA